AGGGUAGGCGGAGAGGUGACGAAGGACUCGUUACUUCUUUUUCUUUGAGCUUUACUCUCUUCUAAUUGGCUGGCGGGCACCUGACUUUCGCCGGCCCUCCAGUCGCUUUCAGCGCCACGAGGCGCAGGCUGAUGACGUAGCGGCCCGACAUUCCGCAUCCAAGAUGGCUGCCGUCAGGAAGGAGAGACGUCGCUGAGGGGUUUGCCUGAGGCGAGGGGUUGAUGUUGGCCUGAAGAAAGAUCCUCAGAGGAUUGUAACAUUCCAGAAGCCCUUUUGGGAAGAACAAGUCUACUUCAAUAAAUGAAGGAGAACAAAGAAAAUUCAAGCCCUUCAGUCACAUCAGCAAACCUGGACCACACAAAACCAUGUUGGUACUGGGAUAAGAAGGACUUGGCACAUACACCCUCACAACUUGAAGGACUUGAUCCAGCCACUGAGGCCCGGUACCGCCGAGAGGGGGCUCGCUUCAUCUUUGAUGUGGGCACACGUUUGGGGUUACACUAUGACACCCUGGCAACUGGAAUCAUUUAUUUUCAUCGAUUCUAUAUGUUUCAUUCCUUCAAGCAAUUCCCACGAUACGUAACAGGAGCUUGUUGUCUCUUUCUGGCUGGGAAAGUAGAGGAAACGCCAAAAAAAUGUAAAGAUAUCAUCAAAACAGCUCGUAGCUUAUUAAAUGAUGUCCAGUUUGGCCAGUUUGGAGAUGACCCAAAGGAAGAAGUCAUGGUGCUGGAGAGGAUCUUACUGCAGACCAUAAAGUUUGAUUUACAAGUGGAACAUCCAUACCAGUUCCUACUCAGAUACGCAAAGCAGCUCAAAGGUGAUAAAAACAAAAUUCAAAAGUUGGUUCAAAUGGCAUGGACAUUUGUAAAUGACAGUCUCUGCACCACCCUGUCACUGCAGUGGGAGCCAGAGAUCAUAGCUGUAGCAGUAAUGUAUCUUGCGGGACGUUUGUGCAAAUUUGAAAUACAAGAGUGGACCUCCAAACCCAUGUACAGGAGAUGGUGGGAGCAGUUUGUUCAAGAUGUCCCUGUUGAUGUUCUGGAAGACAUCUGCCACCAAAUCCUGGAUCUUUACUCACAAGGGAAACAACAGAUGCCUCAUCACACCCCUCAUCAGCUGCAGCAGCCCCCAUCUCUUCAGCCUACACCACAAGUGCCACAAGUGCCACAGUCACAGCCAUCACAAGGUUCUGAAGCAGCACAGCCACAGCAGAAGGACUCACAGCAGUCAGCCCAGCAGCAGCAGCAGCAGCAGCAGCCACCGCCCAAGAAGCCGUCCCCACAGCCUAGCCCUCCCCGACAGGCUAAGCGUGCCGUGGUGGUUUCACCCAAGGAAGAGAACAAAACCGCAGAACCACCACCACCACCUAAAAUUCCCAAACUUGAGACCACUCACCCACCAUUGCCUCCAGCACACCCACCACCAGACCGGAAGCCCCCCCUCGCUCCUGCCUUAGGUGAGGCUGAAGCAGCUGGUCCAGUGGAGGCAAGUGACCUCCCCAAAGUCCAGAUCCCUCCUCCGGCCCACCCGGCGCCUGUGCACCAGCCCCCACCGUUGCCACAUCGGCCUCCACCCCCGCCACCCUCCAGCUACAUGACUGGGAUGUCUACCACCAGCUCCUACAUGUCAGGAGAAGGCUACCAGAGCCUGCAAUCCAUGAUGAAGACUGAGGGUCCCUCCUACGGUGCCCUGCCCCCAGCCUAUGGCCCACCUGCUCACCUUCCCUAUCACCCCCAUGUCUACCCCCCCAACCCACCUCCACCUCCUGUUCCUCCACCUCCAGCGUCUUUCCCCCCACCCGCUAUCCCUCCCCCUACCCCAGGCUACCCCCCACCUCCCCCUACCUACAACCCCAAUUUCCCACCCCCACCUCCACGCCUACCCCCCACUCAUGCAGUCCCUCCUCACCCUCCCCCGGGCUUGGGUUUGCCACCAGCCAGCUACCCACCUCCAGCUGUUCCCCCUGGGGGGCAGCCCCCUGUGCCCCCACCCAUCCCCCCACCUGGCAUGCCACCCGUUGGGGGGCUAGGGCGGGCAGCCUGGAUGAGAUAACAGAAUGCCUUUUCC